UAAGCCACCGCCCAGCCGCCCUCCCUCCAGCCGCCCUCACUUCCUCCCCCCCCCCGUCUGUCCUCCCCAGCCCCCUUCCCGUUGAUGACCAUGUCCGACUUCCCGGUUCUCAAGGCCUCCGCCUCCUCCCUGCGCACCACCAACCCCAUCCGUCAGAUCGUUGAUGGCAUGAAGACCGUCCCGAACCCCGACCUGGCGGACAUCCGCCUGUCCAUCGGUGACCCGACCAUUUUCGGGAACUUCUCCGUCCCCGACUCGGUCAAUGCCGCCCUCGUCGAGGCCAUCAACAGCAAGAAGUUCAACGGGUACCCCCCGUCCACCGGGUAUGAGUCCGCCCGUGCGGCCAUCGCCAAGGCCUACGGCUCGGACCCGCGCGCGCCCCUCACCCCGGCCGAUGUGAUCAUUGCCUCGGGCUGCUCCGGUGCCAUUGAGCUGGCCAUCAGCGCCAUGGCCGACGAGGGCCAGAACAUCCUCCUCCCCCGGCCGGGCUUCUCCCUGUACCAGACCAUCGCCGAGGCUCGUGGCGUCGAGGUCCGCCACUACGAUCUGGUGGCCGAGAAGAACUGGGAGGCUAGCAUCGAGUCGAUCGAGGCCCUGAUCGACGCGAAGACCGCCUUCAUCCUGAUCACCAACCCCUCGAACCCCUGCGGCUCGAACUACUCCGAGGCUCACCUCCUCGAGCUUCUCGCCGUGGCCCAAAAGCACCGGCUGCCCAUCUUUGCCGAUGAGAUUUACGCCGACAUGGUCUUCUCCGGCCAGACCUUCACCCACAUUGCUCGUCUGAGCACCGACGUGCCUGUCAUCUCGGCCGGUGGCCUGGCCAAGCGUUUCAUGGUCCCCGGCUGGCGCCUUGGCUGGCUGACCAUCCACGAUCGUCAUGGCCAGCUUGCCCAGAUCCGCGAUGGUCUGAACCGCCUCUCCCAGUUGGUUCUCGGUGCCAACUCCCUCCUCCAGGGCGUCCUGCCGACGAUCCUCCUCGAGACCGAGCAGUCCUACUUCGACAACAACAACCGCAUGCUCGAGGAGCUCGCCAACACCACUGUCGAGGCCAUCCGCAAGAUCCCCGGCCUGCAGCCGAUCGCCCCGCAGGGCGCCAUGUAUGUCAUGGUCAAGAUCGACCCGGUGGCCCUGCCCGAGUUUGCCGGCAAUGACAGCCGCUUCUGUGAGCGCCUCAUCGCCGAGCAGUCGGUCCACUGCCUGCCUGGUGCUUGCUUCGGUGUUCCGGGCUACUUCCGCAUUGUCUUCACCUCGCCCAAGGAGAAGCUGGCCGAGGCCUUCGCUCGUAUGGCCGACUUCUGCCGUAAGUAUCAUGUCUCCCAGGAGUAGAUGCCGAGGGGAUGGUUCCCCCUGCGUGACGUGUGCCAUGCCGCCCCGUCCCAAAGCCGCCUAUCCCCAUCGUCGUGACACGCAUUUGCGCCACCUGGGGUCCUUUUUUUUUUUCUUUUUCCCCUCUCGCUGGUCCAAUAUACACCCCGGCAGUUGGCAGAAAAGGCAAAAGAAAGCGAAGAGGCAUAUACACGCACACGCACAUACACAC